AUGAUAAAUUCCACCACCACACAACCUCCGAACGAGGCCUGCUCCCGGAACACCCUCAUAACUCAGAGUAUCAUUCCCGUGCUAUACUUGGCGGUCUUUGUCGCGGGGAUCCUGCUCAAUGGUGUCUCUGCAUGGAUAUUCUUUUACGUGUCCAGCUCCAAGAGUUUCAUCGUCUAUCUCAAGAACAUUGUUGUGGCUGACUUUCUGAUGAGCCUGACUUUUCCCUUCAAGAUUCUUGGGGAUUCGGGCCUGGGACCCUGGCAGAUAAACGUGUUCGUGUGCAGGGUCUCAGCUGUACUGUUCUACGUCAACAUGUAUGUCAGCAUCGUGUUCUUUGGGCUCAUCAGCUUUGACAGGUAUUAUAAAAUUGUAAAGCCUCUUUUGACUUCUUUCAUCCAUUCAGUAAAUUACAGCAAACUUCUGUCAGUCACGGUGUGGGUGCUCAUGCUCCUUCUGGCUGUCCCCAACAUUAUCCUGACCAACCAGAAAGCGAGGCAUGGGAAGGCUACGCAUAUAAAAUGUGUAGAGCUUAAAAACGAACUGGGACUUAAGUGGCACAAGGCAUCAAACUACAUCUUUGUGGGCAUCUUCUGGAUUGUGUUUCUUUUGUUGGUCAUUUUCUACACUGCUAUCACGAGGAAAAUCUUUAAGUCCCACCUGAAAUCCAGAAGGAAUUCCAUUUCGGUCAAGAAGAAAUCUAGCCGCAAUAUAUUCAGCAUCAUGUUCGUAUUUUUUGUCUGUUUUGUGCCUUACCACAUUGCCAGAAUCCCCUACACGCAGAGCCAGACAGAAGCUCAUUACAGCUGCCGGUCAAAAGAAAUUUUGCUCUACGUAAAAGAAUUCACUCUAGUACUGUCAGCUGCAAAUGUAUGCCUAGACCCUAUUAUUUAUUUCUUUCUAUGCCAGCCGUUUAGAGAAAUCUUAUGUAAGAAACUGCACAUCCCAUUAAAAGCUCAGUCUGACUCAGAAACUUCUAAAACCAAAAGAGGAAAUACAAUGCAUGAAAGCACAGACACUCUGUGA